GUGAGGAUCUGCUGCUUUUGCUACAAUGGCUUCAUAUACUGUAUACCAUCAGCAAGGAAAUAGUGCAAGUUAUUAUGUAUCUUCGACUGUCCAGGGAAACCCAGCAGGCUCUAGACCUGUUCCCUGCAAUUUUUCAGAAAACCAGAAAAAGUAUUUAAAUGGUGAAGCAAAGGCUUUGGGGGUUGUCCAGAUCAUGAUUGGAAUACUAAAUAUCUUACUUGGCAUCAUUCUUUUUUCAAGUCUCUCAUUCGCAUUUUCACAUACUGGUAUUCUUUUUUGGGGAGGUAUAUUUUAUAUCAUUUCAGGAUCUUUGAGUGUUGCUUCAGACAGAUAUCAGAAAUCCUUGAUUAAUGGAAACCUAGCCAUGAAUAUCAUCAGCAGCAUUUCAUCUGGUAUUGGAAUCAUCUUAUGUGGUAUACAUUUGAUUAUAUUUAUGGAUUUCUAUGACAGAUAUUAUUCAUAUGGGUCACAGUUGGAAAAUGGUGUGGUUGGUGUGUUGCUGGUGUUUCUGCUGCUCGAGUUGUGUGUGGCCAUUUCAAGUGCAGCCUUUUCUUGCAAAGUUCUCUGCUGCAAUGAUACGCCCAUGACUGCUGGUCAACAGUGUGACAUACAGUUAACACAACAUGAAGUUGCCUCAGCAAGUGCCCCGAAUUACCCCACUACACCCCAGCAGAUGACUUACAAUAUUCCUCCUCCUCCUCCUUAUCUUCCUUAUGAAUGUUUUCACCAAAAAUUGACUCCUUAAACUAUGUAAUACAGUAGUAACAUUUUAAAUAAAAAUUGUAAUAUUAAAUGUUGCAUCGAGG